GACAAACAAGCAAGCUAUUUUGAUACUUUGCCUCAUCUGCUAAGGCAAUACAACGAUGGCUGAAAGAGAACUCACCACUGAACGACGGUUUAACUUCCAAAGUGUAAAACUCUUCAAGACUGAUAUCCUUGGUACUGGCUCUUACGGAGCAGUGUGUAAAGCCAAGUGUGACCAACUACUCUGUGCUGCCAAGCUACUCUAUCCGGUACUCUUCCAAAUGGAAGCACAUGCGAACAAAGAACACAUGCAACCACAUCUACGCUUCGAAACAGAAUGUCGGUUCCUAAGCCUCAUCAACCACCCCAACAUCAUUCAAUACCUCGGUACCUAUCGGGAUCCCAAAACAAAUGCACCAGUCCUUCUCAUGGAGCUCAUGGACGAGAGUAUGACACACUUCCUGGAGUCAACACCUGGAGACAUUCCCUACCACAUUCAAGUAAACUUCUCCUAUGACAUAGCUCAAGCACUUGCUUUUCUCCACUCCAAUGGGAUCAUCCAUCGCGACCUCUCUAGCAACAAUGUCCUAUUAGCAGGCAAUCAAGCUAAAGUCAGCGAUUUCGGAAUGUCAAGGUUCACAACCACACAUAUGACCAAGUGCCCAGGAACACCAGCCUACAUGUCGCCUGAGGCCCUAAGCGAACCACCUCUCUACACGGAGAGGCUAGAUAGCUUUUCUUUUGGCGUUUUGAUCGUGCAAAUUGCUACUAGGCUACCACCCAGCCCUACAAAUCGAUUUAAACUCAUUGAACUGCCAAAUUCACAAAAACUCUCGCAGAAAGUCAUUGCUCAAGUUCCCAUAUCCGAAGUACAGCGGAGACAUGACCACAUUGACCUCAUUGGCACUACCCACCCCCUGUUGCAUAUUGCUUUAGACUGUCUCCAAGAUCAUGAAACUGAUAGGCCAACAUCACAAGAGAUGUGCCAAGCUUUGUCUGAUAUUAAACAAUCAAUUUCGUGUAAACAAAUUUUGCAGACUAGUAUUUCUCCAGUUGUUGACGACAUAAUUAUUCAGUUACAGCAGAAAAUUAAAGAAAAAGAAAUGAAAAUCAAAAAAAAAAGACAGGCUCUUGCAAACAAAGGAUGAUUUAU